AUAGUAGUAUUCGUAUGCUGUGGUAGCUGCUAGAGUUUAGUUAGAGGUAGAGGUAGUGUGAGUGUGUUCGGUUCCCCGUCGUCGUGUUAUUUAUCAACUUUCACAGUUCUCACGGUCUGCUGUGGAUACGUUACGUAGUCUCUGUCUCUCUUACUCUUAUAGUCGUGCUGGUCGUCGGGGUUUUAACGUAUUUUUUUUCUUCUGUUUUUCAUUAUUUUGGUUACCUCUUUUACCUUUUUAUUUUUGCAGUGUAAAGCUAUUCUCGUAUAUUUGACCAGUGCAGUGUCCGAAUAUCGGUGAUUUUUUUUCGAGAAAGUUAUUAAAAAUAAGUGUUCGGUGUGCUUUUUCGACGACGACGAAAAAAAAAAGGUAUUCUGCGGUUGAUCGAUAGUGUUUUGUGGUGUUGUUCGCGGACGAUCGAAAAGUGCGAAUCUGGGCGAUGAUUUGCCUCAGUGCAGCGUAGAGAUCUAAACGGUUUUAUGGUGUUUGUGUGUGGAACUUGGAUCACUGGCUACGGUUCAACGACGACAAUGCUGCCAGAGUAGUUAACGGUCGGUGAUUUUGAAAUUCAUAGAUGCCGGCUGUGUCAGUGGCACUUAUCAAAUGUCAUUUACCUCUGCCUCAUCUGCCUUUCCAUUGAUAAAUCUGUGUUCGUGUAUCGUCGUGUACUUAGUGGUGAUCGUCCGAGUGGAAGUGUUUAGUUGAAAAAUUUUGGUGUUGGUGGUCUGUUUUCUGGAAGCCCUGAUUAUUUUUUAGUGUGUGCCAAAAUGGGUGCAACUUCUAGUCAUCAUCACCAUCCCGAACGUUUGGAUCGACAUGGGACGUCUUUCAGAAGAUCAUCUAGUAUGCGUCAAACUAAAUCCAAAAACAAAUCGUCUCCUCCUCGAAGGAUGGAUAAGUUAAGGAGGAGUUUCCGCGACAGUUUCCGCCGACGAAAGGAUCCGACGAUAUCGGAAGCAGCGAAACCGCAUUUAUGGCAGAGUGAUGAGAAGGAUGUUAGAUCUGGAACGUGUUCUUUUCACGUUAAAUAUUUAGGCUGUGUCGAAGUUUUCGAAUCUCGCGGAAUGCAAGUUUGCGAGGAAGCUUUAAAGGUACUUAAGAAUAUGCGUCGUAAACCCGUAAAAGCAAUAUUGUACGUUUCCGGAGACGGAUUAAGGGUUGUCGAAGAUGAUACAAAGGGUUUGAUCGUCGACCAGACUAUCGAAAAGGUAUCAUUCUGCGCUCCGGAUAGAAACAACGAACGCGGAUUUUCCUACAUAUGCCGAGAUGGAACCACCAGAAGAUGGAUGUGCCAUGGAUUCCUAGCUUUGAAAGAAUCGGGUGAAAGAUUGAGCCACGCGGUCGGCUGCGCAUUUUCCGUUUGUCUGGAACGGAAACAGAAACGCGAUAAAGAGUGCAGCGUUACGAUGAAUUUCGAUAUGCAAAAUUCAACGUUCACCAGAACGGGUAGUUUUCGACAACAGACGCUCACUGAAAAGCUUCAAGAUACGACUAAUGUGAAUAAUAACGUUAAUAACGCAUCGGUUACGACGCCCACGAAUAAUACCGCCGCAUUACCGAAUAUUCCGGCCAACGUUAUCAAUAAUAUUAACAAUAGCAACGAUUAUAAUAGAAAAGAGAAUAUUCCAAUAAGGUCAACACCAAAGAUACACACAGCUGCAAUCGAAAGACCUCACGCUACCAUAUCGCUGCUGCAAAGACAAGGCUCCUUCAGAGGCUUAUCACAUCUGAACAGUCAAGCAUCGCCUUUCAAGAGGCAGCUCUCGUUGAGAAUUAGCGAUUUACCUUCGAACGUGGAAAGAACGAGAUCGCAUAGCUUAGAUCAAUACUCUCUAGAUCCUAGGACACCUACGUCGCAAUUCAUCCAUUUAAAAACACCAGUAAGUCCAAUACCCGAAGUAUCACCGACUCAUUCGAACGAUCUUAACCUAAGUUCCGUGAAUACGGUAACCGAUCAAGUUAGCGCCAUGUGUCAACAACUAUCGCAAGGAUUAUCACUUUUGACGAAAAAUGAUGAUUUAUUGACUUCGAAUUCUGUCGAACUGAGCUCGAAUCAAUUAGCAGCCAGAGAUUUAUUCGCCAGCAAAGUGAAUGAUUUUUCGCAGUUGAUCGAAAUGAAAACCAUGACUACCACCAGUUCGUCGGCAUUUAUGCUCAAGUCGAGUUCAGCAGAUUCUGAUAACCCUCUGGACCAGUUACUCUACCAACCGUCCCAACACCCACAACAACAACACCACCACUCCGAUGUACUCCAAUUGAUGGACACAAAUACUCUGAACAACAACAACACCAACACCACCACCUCAACCAAUAACACCAUUACCGCUAAUAAUACAAUUAAUAACAUAUCCCGGGAUGAGAUGAGCAACAGCAGUACUCUGUCGCAGCCCAUGUCCACCGUAUCAUCGGUCGAGAUCCCUCUAACUCCGCCAGAUACUCCUCCGUUAUCGUCAAAUAAUGCCCAGUUACCGAAACCCGAGCAAUGGCUGGGUAAAGUAGCUCAACUCACAAUGAACGUCUCAGAUUCGUCGUCUUCUUCCACGUCGCCUCCUGCCAUUAAACGUAUACCUACUUUAGCGAUGCAUUCUCGAGGCUAUUCCCUGGGGUCAGCUGAAACCGUAUUGAGUCGAGCUGCGACAGCCAACAACGAGAAACCGGAUCCGUUUAAUAUCGAUUGGGCUUCUUUGACCGAAGCAGCGAAACCUUCUUCGAGGGCAGCUCCGUCGUCUAAAAAUACCAACCCUUUUUUGACCGGUAGCCCUUUGGCUGGUAGUUCUUCGACAGCUGACGGUGGUGGCGGCGUCAAGACGUCUUUCGAAGUACAGAUGUAGUGCAACGUGUCAUCUGUCAAGUCUUUCAUUGUUAUUUAUUUUUUUAGAUUGAUCAGAAUGUACCAUUUGGACUACUUAUGUUGUGUAUAUUACGACUGAGCGAGCUGUGAUCAUGUUUUUCUUUUCUUUUCUUUUUUCUUUCUUUCUCUUUUUUUUUGUCUUUAAGUUGAACGUAGUAGUACAUUUAUGAGCUCUACCGAGCGAAAUUUGUUUGAGAGUAUUGCGCAUUUAUGGUGCUAAGGAGGGGGCUAUUGCUGCAAUGCUUUGAGACUGUCUGUAUACGUACAUCGUCGUGUUGAAGGGUUUAUAUUUUUUAUUUUAGUUUCUUUUUUUUUAUGUUUUCCUCCUCUCUUUUUAAUUGAAAUUAAAAAAAAUGAACGUGUACUUAAGGAUAAAAACAAAACGAUAUUAGCUUAUUGUUUUAUUUUUACUUUUUAAUUUGAUCUCCCACCGGAGUGGAAUCCGGUCGUUAUUAGAAAAAUGUAAUAUAUUCGAACUUCUUCUUUAUUUCUUUACUAUUUUAUGUACAUGUUUCGUUAAUAUAAUAAUAUUGUAAAAAAAAACAAACUUGAAACAAAAUAUUGUACUACUAUAUAAUGCAUAAGAGGUAAUAAUUUUUUUGUGUAAAUUUACACUACACGUGGUAGCUUUGACGCAGUUGUCCAACGAGUUGUGAUUUUUUUUUUUUGGGAACCAAUGCUCAUUACAUUACGACCUUCUUCUUCUUGUUCUUUAUUGUCUCCAAAACAUAUCAGAAUACGCUUGACGUUGUUUUUAUUACGAAAUGAAAAUUUUAAGUGCCAUUAUUUUUAUCAUGAUUUAUUUUUUUUUUGUUUUUGUUUUGUUUUUUUUCUUUAAAUUAAGUAAAUGCUUUUGAGAACUUGAGCAUAUCACGUCGUCAUCGUAUAUCUGUUGGUAGCUAAUUCUCGUAGUGUGAUAAAAAAAAACUGCGUAAACAAGAGCUUUUUAGUUGUGUUUAUUUUUUUUUCUCUUCUAUUCCUUUUUUUCUUUUUCUUUUUUUUAUCAUCGUAGUAUUUUUGUUAUAUCGUUGUACAGAGAUAGAAAUAUGUAAUUCAGUAUUAAGAAAACUAUUAGGGUUAAAGAAUGUAGCUAUGCGUUACAAAUAUAAUUUUAUACCGAG